GAUCUGGGGGAUUUUCCACAUCUUGAGGUAGAAGCAUGAGGUGCUGCCAGCCUGGUCCCAUGCUGCAAGACCCCUGUGAGCACAGUGUGCCCAUGCCGUAGCACCAGUACUCCCACAUCAAACCUUGGAGCAGUCUGAAACUGCAACAGAACUGCUGUGUGUCUGCAGACAGGCACAGAGAAAGGGUGAAAUGUGCCUUCUUUGUCUGUUUCCUCUGAAGAGAAAAAGUGAACAAGAAUUGAAAUUCCUGGGAGGAAACUAAGAAACCCUACCUGGAGGACCAUGGUUUUUUUUAUACAGGAUAAAUCGUUUGACAUAUGCAGGGAAACCACACUUGGGUGCCUCUGCUGACUGUGCAGGAAUGUGAUCUUGCAGGGCUAUAUAUAUGAUGUCUGCUCCAAGACCUGUCAGAUACUGGAAAUACAGACAGAUAUAGUACUGUGGCUGCACUGACAGUGAGAAAUCUGAGGUUCAACAGCUCCAUGGAUGACAUUGCAAUUAAAAGGGAUAAAAAUAAUAAAAAAAAAGAUGUUCAGAAGGUAUCGGUUUACAGUGAGCUCAAGUCUCCAGUUUGUGGAGAGUUGUUUGCUUUUAGACAGGAUGGUAUACUGCUCCCAGCAAAGCUGUGUAAACAUUUUCUACCAAGCCAGAAUGUUUUUCCUAGAGCUAUCUCAUGCAUACUGAAGUUCUUAGCUUCAGUUCAGAAGCGUAUUUUGCUAAAGAAUUCACAUAAGCAAAAAUUAAGCUCUAGGACCUGAUCCUAUAAAUCUCAUCAGUCAAAGGGAAGCAUAAAAGCAUAAAAGUUAUGCUGCUGUGGAGAUGAAAGCCAGAUACUACAUAGCAGGUCAAAGGCCAGACAAGACAGGCCAGAUGCAGAAGAAAGUAAGUUCAGCUUCAUAAUCACAUUUGUGGCGUUAUGUUUUGAGGGUUUUUUUUUUUUAAUACUAUGUAUAUAAAAUGCACUCAGAGUGCACCCUUUCCAGAAACUCAAACAGAGAUUUAUGUGUUUCAGCCGCUACUGAUCUAGUGUGACUGGACCAUUGUGAAAUAAAAAUGUUCAGGGUAAUCCAACUGAACGCAAUUUGUGUAACAAAAAAAAAAAAUUAAAGUAAUGUUUACAUCUGAAAAAGUUUGCAUAGUCAAGACUACUUGACCUGUUGUUAAACUUUAUGCUUCAGUGCUUUGCUGGGAAACACUGUCAGCUUUUUAGGCUGAAAGGCUCGAGGUCAGACUGGAAAGCUCCUAACCCUUCUCUGAUUUCCAUGGGGAAGAGCAGAGCUGAGGAUCAGACUUCAAGGUACAGGAAUGCAAACACUUGGGACUGUGCACAGCUCAGAGGGCUGACUGAGCCUGCCUCACAGGGCUCUGUGCUUGGCACACGCUGGUUUGUGUGGCUCCAUGCAGCACUGAAUACUGCAACCCCUCCAGCAGUGUGAUAACCAACCUGGGGAGAGCAUGUUGAGCGAUGUACCCACUUUCUGCACUGAGGUUUGGGGUUCACUUUGCAAGGCAUCACGAGCUUUUGGCUUUCAAAGAAUGAUGUUCAGCAGAAGCUACUCCUUGAUGAAAGGAGAAGGUCCCGAAUAUCUCCAGCCACUAGAAAGUUGGGAGGAAUCUGCUUCAGAUGUAUCUGCCAGAAAUAUCUGCUGUGCCUGGCUGGGUGUGCUCACGCCUGGCAGACGCGCAUGCGUAUGUCGCAAUAAUCAGAAGGAAAUGUUACUCAGCUCCGUUUUCCUGAGGGUCCGUGGCACAGAGGUAUCCAUGCUGUCCCACGGAGAGAGGCUUCGACAGAGACAGCAAGUGGGACUGAUCUCCUACAAUGGUUGAGAAGACGAGUUUGGAGCAUUUUCUAGGAACAGACCUGGCUGCUGUUACUGAGCAGAAAGAGCGACCGUGGUCUGAAGGCAGCACUGGAACAAGUGACAUCUGCAAAGGAGACUUGAGUCUUUCCUCGCUCUUUCUUCCGGCAGUCCAGGUACUGCCAAGCCUUUAUUGUGUGGACCUUUGCACUGUAAAUAGCUCUGUGAGGGAGCUCCUCCUAUAACCAUUUCCUCUCAUUAGUCUGCUCCAAAUACCCAUGAUCCCUGCCAAAGUAUGAAGGACGUCAGAGCCGGAUACAGGAUCAUUUCCAGUUUCUGUUUCCGUAUUGUGUUCAAAUUCUUCAGGCAGCUCAGAGCAGACCCUUGCCACAGACCCUUGCAAGCUCCACGGCUGGCAGGGGGCAGCUCUCAGCUAUGGGUGCUGUGUCUCUAGGGUAGAGUGCAGAGCAGAGACUUUGCUGGGAGGCAAGGGGUGUGUGUUGGAAAAGCUUUGAGGCCGUUUUUCUCUCAACCUGGUCAUCUGGCUGCUCUCCUUGACUUGCCUGCGCGCUGCCCCUGCCUCCAGCCCGAAUCUGCUCAGAAUUCAUCGGAGAGUUUGUGCUCGUUGGCGAAACGGAGGAGUCCCAGCAGCCAGCCACAGACAAAGGCAGAGCAAGCAGCCAAGCACUGAUCAGCUCUUCUGCACCUGUGUUUUCUCUGGAUUCAUCUGUCUGCUCCUGAAAUGGAGUACUCCUGGUAUUGGCUUGAUGAUUCUGAGCAGUGGAUUGAGUAUGGGAAAGAGCAUCCAGAUCACUGCUCUGCUAGCAUAACAUCUGAAUUUCUGGAGAAUGAAUAUUUAGCUGACAAGAAAGCUGUUAUUUUUUUCUCGGCUGGUUCUCAGCACUAUAAGAUAAACUUUGCAGACAUGGUCCAAACAAAUUUGGUCUUUAAAACACAAAGAAAGGUUAUUCGACUGCCAAAACAUCUGUUACCUGAAGGUGGACAAGACAGAAGCCAGAACAUGACUCUGUCUUGUUCUGUCUAUCCUCCACAAUGGGACCAGUCUGCACUACCUGACAUUGGGUUCAAGUUGAUACAGCUCAGCUUUGAUUCCCACGAAUAUGGAAAAAUCAAGAGGCUGUUUGAAAAGACGAUGAAAGAUUACUGCAUCAACCAACUUCAGAGGAUCCAGAACCCAACACUUUGGGAACUUUUUCAGUGGCAAAAAGAGAAGAUGAAGAAGGUCAAUAAAUCAAAAAGGGUGGAUGAGCGGCUCCUAUUCCAUGGGACAAAUCCAUCCCACGUGUCUGCCAUCUGUGAGCAGAACUUUGACUGGAGGCUCUGUGGGACUCAUGGGACAAUGUAUGGAAAAGGAAGCUACUUUGCCCGAGAUGCCAGCUAUUCUCACCAGUACUGUUCCGCUCGCAGUGGUCGCUACACCAUGUUUGUAGCUCAAGUUCUUGUUGGAGACUUUGUUCAGGGAAAUGCUGAAUACUGUCGCCCUCCAGCCCGAGCCAGCAAUUCAAACAGACUUUAUGACAGCUGUGUGGAUGACCUGAUAGACCCUUCCAUCUUUGUCAUCUUUGAGAAGCAACAAAUUUACCCUGCCUAUAUCUUGGAGUACAGCAUUGAGACCCAGUGUGUGGUCCUGUAAUGAAUGGUGGAAUCUCCUUUGAAUUCACGCUGAAUAAAUUACUCUUUAUUAAUUUUUUUUU